AUGCCUUCUGUGAUCAUUAUGCUCGUUACUCGCGCAGACGUAAGCGCGCCGGGGGCCAGCGCAUCCUUCAUGAUGAUAUUGGUGGCAGCAACCAAGGAACGCCUAGAGCAGGCGAUGAUGGGUGCGGACAAGCGGGAGGAAAUCGAGGCUGACGAUGUGGGUCACGUGUGGGGUGGGCCCACAUACGAGCUCGUCGGCCCAAUCAGAGCAGCGACUUCCGGCGCCAUCCGAGCCCAGAUCCAAGGACUUGGGCCCCGGGCGCCCGAAGCGAGACGCUAG